CUAUAGAUCGCUGCGCGUUCGCGCUGAGCAGUGCCCGUGCGUUUGUGACGCAGUUGUAGGGUUGUAGAUGCGGUAGUUGCCGCUACAAAAAGGCCAGACCCAGGCAUGGAGGAAAAAAAAGGUGGAGCAGCGACUCCAUCGAGCCGUCGCGAGGCUCACAACGAGUACUGCCGGGAACGUCGGAAACUACAAGCCCAAUCGGAUCAUCCCGCCGACAGAGCUCGACGAGACAUGCGACUCGCGAAGAACAGGGAGAGGAUGCGCGUGAAGAUCGCUGCCGAAACACCGCAAGAACGAGAAGCGAGACUGGCGGCCGGUCGGCGAAGUUACCACGCUCGCAGGCGCGCCAAUCUCGCCGCCGAACGACGAGGAAGCAAACGGCCUGCAACCGUAGAUGUCAUCAACGAACCUCAAGUGUGCAUUAAGCCUGUGUUUACAGACGUUGUCAUCAAGACUGAACCUCUGGACACUGCAGAUGAUUCGCCUGUCAGUGGCUGCUGUGACACCUGCACAACAGUAGACGGUCACGAGCACGAAUGCGACAUCUGUCACAAGAUCUUCAACACGUGCCUGCACCUCCUUCAGCACUCCGUUGUGCACUACAAGGAGGUUCCGUUCAUGUGUUCAAAUUGCGGAGCAGUGUUUGCGCGCCGGGAAGACAAGGAGAAGCACGAGGGCAGACACACCGACAAGGAGGUGCACCGGUGCGUGAGGUGCGGCAUGUUGUGCCUGAAUGAGACAAUGUUCCGGCUACACAUUCUGGAACACUAUGGCCAGCCUUCGUUCGACUGCCACUUGUGCCCUAUGGUGUUUCCGUUAGAGGAACAGCUUAUAAGUCAUUUACAAAUCCACGGCGAGGAACCAGUUCAUAGGUGCCCACAAUGUGAUGCCACAUUUAGGAGCAAAGGUUGGCUUUCAAAGCACCUUAAAUCCCACCACACUGUUUGAAGUUACUGGUGUCAAUACUGCCCCAAGGCCUUGCAGGGACAAGCUAGUGUGGAGGAGUUCGAGAGAAUCCACACUGGUGAAUGAUCCUUCAGCUGCAGCGCAUGCAAGAAGGCAUGGCACACACUCCUUCGUAAACAUGUAUGUGAACAGAAAGCCGAUGACCUGUGAGCGUCUGACGCUUUUUUUAGUAACACAACGUGAACCUGGUAAACUUGCAUCAUAUUGGCUUGUUGAGUCAAUAUCCGGUUUUCUUUAUAAAUGCUAGUGGGUCGGGUGGUGAGGAGCAUCAUGGCAAGCUAAGUCUGCUUGCCUGCAAGAGAAGCGCUGACUCAUUUGACACCGUUUGCAUUUAUUUAUUAUUAUUUAUUAUUCUGACAUUCUCAUUUUGGCCCUUGCUAUGUGAGCAUAUGUUGUAAACGCUGGCAUAGCCAUGGGUGUUCAAAGCCCCCGAAAUUUUUCAAUUUGGCAUGUGUAUAUAUAUAUAUAUAUAUAUAUAUACGCACGCAUACAAGCACAUACGUAAACAUACGUAAAGGGUGCUGAAUCCAUUCUCCCUCCCUGAAAAAAAUUCUUUUUAAAGAGACAGGGCAUGCAAACACAGACACAAGAGAGAAGUCAAGACGCCACAAACGCGGUGUUUGGGGUGUCUUGACUUCUCUCUUGUGUCCGUGCUUGCACGCCCUGUCUCUUUAACAUGAAUACUUACCAACUAGCUCAGCUCUCUGUUAUUUUAAGCCGAAAAAAUUUAUGCCUACGCCCCUGGUUGUAAAGUUCAUAAGAGAGUGACUGUACUCAUUUUGAUCUGACUUUAGCAGUUCAUUAUGUAAAUUUUUCUUAUGUUUCCCGAGACUGAAGUGAUUCUGUGCAUU